AGCGGCGGGAGCGCGCCCGGGUGCCCCCCCCCUCCCCCUUUCUUCCCCCCCCCCCCCUCCCUACCUCCCCAUCCGCCGACUCCCCCCCCCCCCCGCCCCCUCCCGCCCCCGAUGAACCGACGGCGCCCGCGCGCUCCGGCCGCUCCGCGGGGCCCAGCGAGGAGAAGAAGAAAAAAAAAAAAACAAAAACCAACAACAAAAAACCACCUUGGAAAAACCGGCGCCGCUCCUCCGGGCGGAUGGAGGACAUCUGAAGAAACUCUUGGAGCUUGUUACCAGAGACCAUGUUCCUCUGAUCAUUAAAUCAUGCGCUGUUCAGCUGUGAAACAUCGUGGCAUGUGUUUUUGCUAACAGAAGACGUUGUCAAAUAUUGUUCUGCCUUUCUCCUACAAGAGUUUCUACCAGUGCUGUCAGAAGGUCAAGAAAAGUGCACUACCUGUGCUGCCCUAGGACUGUUGAUGUCCUCAGCUGUUGUAGGAAAAGCACCAGACCUGGAACCCAGUUUGUUACUGGACUUGUGGAAGAGGAAACACAAAGAUUUCCAAAUGAAUAACCGAAAGGAAGAUAUGGAGAUUGCUUCCCACUACCGGCAUCUGCUUCGUGAGCUCAAUGAGCAGAGACAGCACGGCAUCCUCUGUGAUGUUUGCAUUAUAGUGGAGGGGAAGAUAUUUAAGGCUCACAAAAACGUUCUGCUCGGGAGUAGUCGCUACUUCAAAACGCUGUACUGCCAGGUACAGAAAACCUCCGACCAGGCCACGGUCACCCACUUAGACAUUGUAACUGCACAAGGCUUUAAAGCAAUCAUUGACUUCAUGUACUCGGCACACCUCGCGCUGACCAGCAGGAAUGUCAUCGAGGUGAUGUCAGCUGCCAGCUAUCUGCAGAUGACGGAUAUCGUACAAGCCUGUCACAACUUCAUAAAAGCAGCUCUUGACAUAAGCAUAAAGUCUGAUGCGUCGGACGACCUCAUCGAUUAUGAACUCGGAGCCCCUUCCAGCAGCAGCACGGAUGCUUUGAUUUCGGCGGUGGCGGCUGGCAGGAGUAUAUCGCCCUGGUUAGCCCGACGAACGAGUCCAGCCAACUCUUCUGGAGACUCAGCUAUCGCCAGUUGCCACGAAGGAGGGAGUAGUUAUGGAAAAGAGGAUCAAGAACCAAAAACAGACAGCCAUGAAGACAUUUCAUCCCAGUCCCUUUGGUCUAGUGACAUGGGCUAUGGGUCUUUACGUAUCAAAGAGGAACAGGUUUCACCGUCACAUUACGGAGGGAGCGAACUCCAUUCUGCCAAGGAUAGUGCAAUACAGAACACUUUCUCGGAACAAGGAGUAGGGGAUGGCUGGCAGCCCACUGGGCGCAGAAAGAACAGGAAAAAUAAAGAAACUGUGCGUCACAUUACGCAGCAAGUGGAAGAUGACAGCAGGGCAAGUUCCCCAAUGCCGUCUUUUUUACCUGCCUCAGGAUGGCCGUACAGCAGUCGAGACCCAAGUGCCGACGUGGCCGUGACGGAGCCCAGCAGCUCCGACAGCCGAGUGGAGCGCUCGGACCCUUACGCCAACGUGGACGAGGCGCUGGUGGGCGGCGAGGCCAGCUACCUGUCGCAGCCCCUGACGCCGGACAAGGAGGACGCGCUUCAGGCCGCCACCGUCGCCAACCUGCGGGCCGCCCUGAUGAGUAAGAACAGCUUGCUGUCCCUGAAAGCCGACAUGCUGGGAGAGGACAGUUCGCUGCUGUUCGAGUACUUACCCAAAGGCACGCACUCUCUCUCUCGGCCUGGCACCAACUUGAAUCGUUCAAGGGGCGAAUGUGAUGGCAAAGUGGAAGCACCAUCUCCCCCGCUGCCUUCAUCACACCUUGCCACUCAGAGCCCCCCUGCGAUCUGCUGUUCUGGUGACAUGUCACCAGAAGCCAUGACAAAAGGAGAGAUGCCUUCCUCAGCCCAGGCCGCUUACGAUGGAUUUCUAGCACUUUGGCAGUUUAAUAACUCUGACACAGAUCCAUGUUUUUUGAGGUCUGAAGACAUGGACUUAACUAACGAUGGCCUGUUCCUAGAUUCAGCCCUAUCCAAGAGACUGACCUGUGGCUUCUGCAGGAGGGUGUUUGAGUGUGCCGAGAAGCUGAAGGAGCACAUCCACGAGCACGCUUUCUCCAUGAUCUUCCCGUUCGACUUGGCUGCCUGCGCCUGGCCUGGCCUCGCCGACGGGGUGCCUGCUGGCCAGCUCGCCCGCUUCCAGUGCUCCAAGUGCCCCGCGAGCUUCACGCUGAAGUCGAACAUGGAUCGGCACGAGAAGACGAUCCACUUCAACUUCAACGAGUUCACAGUGAUCAGGAAGAAGUUCAAGUGCCCAUACUGCAGUUUCUCCGCCAUGCACCAGUGCAUCCUGAAGAGACACAUGCGAUCCCACACGGGAGAAAGACCUUAUCCCUGCGAGAUCUGCGGGAAGAAGUUCACGCGCCGGGAGCACAUGAAGCGGCACACCUUGGUCCACAGCAAGGAUAAAAAAUACGUCUGCAAAGUGUGCAACCGAGUGUUCAUGUCCGCAGCCAGCGUGGGGAUCAAGCACGGCUCUCGCCGCCAUGGGGUUUGCGCCGAUUGCUCGGGCCGGGGCAUCGCGGGUCACCUGGACCACAACGGCGGAGAAGGCUCCCCGGACGAGCUGUACCCCGGCGAAGGGCAGUACAUGGAAGACCCAGACGACAUCAAAGUGGAGGGAGACGAGGAGAUGGGAGACGACGACGACAUCAAGUGGAAAGACGACGUAGGAAUGCCGCAAGAUGACGUGAUUUUAGAUGAUGACAAAGACGUCGACUCUCCGCAGGAGCAGGAGAACUCUGGGGAGAACGACAAGGAUUUUACCUGGAUUUCUUAGGGAUUUUUUUUCAUUUCGUUCUGUUGUUUGUAGGGGGAGGGAGGGCGGGGGAGGAAGGAGUAUGUUGGAAAAACUGCGUAGCCUUGUUGUCGUCCAUGUGUGCAAAAUAAUUUCUGUGUUUUCUAAACGAGUCCUUCUCUGUUCCACUCAGAUACUGUGUUAGCGGUGUCGCUUCCAGUGACAUGACCGACUUCACCUUCCCCCUUCUCCCUUCACGAAGAAACCCGACCGUGUCCACCUCCCCGGCAGAGCGAGCCAGGCUCGUGCAAGUGACUUACGGUGUCCAUAGGGGUGAGCGCUGAGCGGGGAGGAGCGGGCGACUCGCAGGCUGCGUGAAGCUUGUUUCCCCUGUACCUCUCCCACCCCAAACCCAACACCGGGGAGAUCUUGUGUCCGAAGCAGGUUUUUUGGUGGUGGUUGUUUUUUUUUUUUAACACCUUUUCUGUGUUAUGAAAUCCUAGCGGCGGCGGAAUUGCGAACUAACGUUGUGGAAACAAAUCGAUGUACGUGUUUGAGGGCUGUCCCUAAUGAUGCGGGCCUUUUUUGCAAAGUUAUUUAAAGAGUUUUUAUUAUUUUUUACGGAGCCAAAUAGAUCAAAAGGCAAGUCAGAUUGCAGCCUUACGAGUUCUCGUCACACAAGUAGAUUCGUAGCUUCCAAAAGAAUCACCAUCAAAAAAGAUCAUGGCAUUUCUUGGACCUACUGGCACCUUACCCGUGUCCCGUCUUCCAGCCUUGCUUACCGCAUUCACCGAAAUGAGUGCUGGUGUUUCCACAGAACUCUUUGCUAUAAAGGGCACGGGUAAUUGUCUACCUGUCAUCGUCUCCCACAGAUAUUUUCACUUUUCUCCCUUUGCUCAGCUGCCUUUUUCAUGAAUAUAUGCAAACUGUAGUAAAAAAAAAACAACGAGGCAUUUAGCAAAGUGCAGGACGGACUGUGAAACAUAGGAAGCCAAGGUGAGGAAAUCCUAGGGCAGUGGAAAUCCUGCUGCUCCUGCCCAGCAGGCUUCAGCAGGGCCAGGGUUUCACCUGGGUGCGUUGCUCUUCCUUGCCAAGCUGAAAACUUCGAUUCAUCAUUGGUAGGUGUAAAGCCUAUCAAAUUCAUAAAGGAAACCUUCAGUUUCAGCUGCACUGGUUUGAUGUAAAUUUGCAAAUAAAUUUUUUUCUUAACGAGAACCAGGUUUCUCUCCUAGCACGUCUCCUAAAAGGUUUUGUGGGUCUGCUCCAGGUAGUUGGAUUCUCCUUGUCCAUAUCGGCCACUGUUGCCUUCUUCCAACUACAAGGAAAUGACAACAACUAAGUGCAUUGGAAGUGUCUUGUUCCUGCGAGAAAGCUUGUUUUACCUUUCACCUCUUUGCUUCUGGUGCUUUUUUUUAACAAAAAAAAGAAAAGAAAAAAAAAAAAAGCUGAAGACCUCACUAUUUCCUUGCUGUGGAGCAAUUUUAUACAAUGUCUGUGAUGACGGUAUCUUGAAACCUGCCACAAAAGACAACCUGUUGCCAGAAAGCCAAAUGACUAAAAGGUGCUAUUUUUUUUUUCCAGUGCUGGGAAAGGCAAUCUCUGUGGGGAGGGAAAAAGUUCUUGCAGGCGUGUUGUUCCUUAAUGAAAAGCAUGGUUCCCCCCAGCAAAGAAAAUAGAGUUUAUUGUACAAUAAACCCCGGGAAAGCAAACGAUCUUUCGGGAUUUAAGCUACUGAGCACCAGGGCUUGUUUUGGGGGAGCGUGGCAAGGUGGGAGCCUUGCUUCUGGCCCUGCAGUAGCUGCUUCUCCACUCGUCCCCGCGGCACGAGCCGCGUCCGGGGGUCGUGGGUUUUUUUGAGUCCCUUUCUCUGCAGCCAUCUCCCGUUCCCCGCAGAAGCUCGCUGCCUUCUCUCUGCGUUUCUUCCCCCUUCGUGCUGACGGUCGCCAUCACGGAGGAGCCUCCAGCACCUCCUGGCUGCCGGCUUUCGGUGCGUGGCAGCAGCUCGGCAGCGCGUUUCCCUCAAAGCCACCUCCUGGCCCCAGGUCUGGCGUCGGGCUCGGGGGGAUCCCCGUCGCUGCUGCUGUAGUCGUUAGGAUCGGGGAGGUGAAGUGGAACCAGUCGCUUUGAGCCGGGACGGGCAACCCUCUGCAACCCUCUUCUCGAAAUAUUUAAAGCGUAGAGCGGUAGGGGCACGUAGAAACGUUUUUAUUGAACUGUACAAACCUAGUUUUGCAUUUUAGCUUCCUGUAAAGCCCUGUUGCUGUAUUUAAAAGACGUGAACAGAACCAGUAUUUUACGAUUGGGCCUUUGUAUGCUUUUCUUUUUUUUUUUUUUUCUAAGUACAAAACCAAUCAGUGGUUGUCUGUUAGGGGGGGUCCCGGGGCGUUACCUUGCACGGGCUCUGUAUUUAUUGUACCUGUACCUGCGGAGGGGCGGGCUGGGGGUGGCCGACGGCCUUGCAGCCCUCACUUGUUAUGUGUAGACAAAUACAUACAGUACUUAAAAGAUAUCUGUAGCUUUGCUUUUUAUACGUAAGAUCUAUUUUAUUUUAUUUUUUUAACCCAAACCGUUCAACCCCCUUGUUUCUGUGACAUUCCAUCUUGCUCAUCUGUUCUGAUUCCAGAAUAAGAGUUCGCUACCUUGCCUUCGGAGGAGAGCCAGAAGCAUUGACCCCAGGUUUUCCUUCUCCUCCCUCUCCCUGCCCUAGCACUUAGGUGACUCGAUUUCUGUGAUCACUUACGGGGUGCUUAGCUUUACUUUGCUUGGCACUAGGAAAUAUUUCCUAUUUUUUUUUUCCUUCCUUUCCAUUUUUUUAAAUGGUGGACAGUAAGCCACGCGGCUUUCAGAAACGUUUCCUAGUAGUGCCACUUUGAAGCUCUUUGAGCUGAGAAUGCAAAAAAAAAAAAAAAAAAAGAGAAAAAAAAAAGAAAAAUCCACAGAAAAGCUAACUUGUUAUAAUGUUACCAUUAUAAUAUAGCACAUGCUUCUAUAUUACUAACAUACACUAUAUAUACCAAAUAAAAUCGUUCUAAUAUGUGAUGUAUAUUUUAAGUGCUUUGUUUCGCUGGAGGUGUGCAGACGUGGAAACGCAGGUCUUCAAGAACUGGUCCUGACACUUCCGUGCUCCGGAGGGCUCUUCUCGAGGCUCGGUAGUUAAAAAAGGGCAGUUGGGUUGUUUUUUUUAAUGCUGAAACUUUAUAUGACGCCACCGGUUGCUGCGAGCAGCCGGUGCUGGGGGCUUCGGGCGCGGGAUCUGGGGGGUGAUAAGGGGGGAUAACGGCUGCAGCCCCCAGCCUGUGGGGUUGUGCUGUGUGCCCGGACACUGCCUAUGCAAACUCUGCUGGUCUGGCUGUGCAAAACGCUCGCCCUGCCCUGCCCAUCCUGCCCACCUAGCUCGGGUGGCCUUCGGCACCGCGUCUUUGUACGUCCCCUCCGGGCUUCGUACGCCUUGACGGGGUUCCCUUUUUUUAAUUUUUUCUAACUGUAUAUACGUCUGUGUGUGUGUAUGUGUGUGCAUGUGUGUAUAUAUCUCAGUAUAUACGCACAUACAGGUCUAGUUUCAAGAAAUAUCUCCCUUAUAGAUGAAAAAUUGAUACACGUAGUCCGGUGACAAUUUUUUUUUUUAAGUAUUCAUACAUACUUGUAAAUGUUGCUCCCUGAAUUUCUUUAUUAUUCUCUUUUUUUUUUUUAAUAUAAAAGCGUGCCAGGAAUUGGAAGAGCAUUUCAAGCAGUGCUUUGCGAGCUUCUCAUGCAAGACAGCACCAGGGUGUGUAAGCAUCCGUGCGCUGUCCUCACCUUCAGCAAACGUAGCCGAGGAGCAGAGACAUCGUGCGCUAGGCAGGCUUGGUGCAAUGUUUAAGGGAAUUCUGUAGCGAUUAAGGCAAAUUACCUUCUUGCAUCUCCUCCUAUCAAUUUAUUUCAAAAAAAUUAUCCUCAAAAAAAAUCAUAAAUUAGCUGUUCUCGCGUAGGUUUCUCCCUUGGGGAUGAGGCGUGAGGUCACCCUCAGACCUCACAGCUCGGGGACGGUUCGGUGGGGAGGUGACAAAUGGGGUGUGUCUUAAGGAAGGAUCGCAAAGUGACUGUCUCUUUCUUUUUUUUUUUAAUCAAAAGUCAGUGUUUUGGACUACAAAAGGAAUAUUUUUCAUACGAAAGGAAGCCCGCUCUAGCGUUAGGUCCCGUUUUUCUUUUGUAUCUCGACUUAUGCCUUUAACUACUCUGCUUUUCCAAAGUGAAAGCUGCAUUCGUUUGGCGUUUUGUACGGAUGUUUGGGGAAUUAAGGACUUCUGUCAGCCGCUGGCUCCCAGGACGCCGCGAUCCCACGGGGGCCGAGGGCGCGGGACCAGGCCCUGCAGCCCCUCUCCCCCCGCUGCUUCCCGUUUUGCACAUUGCCCCUUAGGAAAGAAACUCCAUGAAAAAAAAUGCAAAAACUGGAAUUUUUUGCAAUAUUAUAAAAGAUAAUCUUAUUUUAGCUCAUUCUGUGACAUGUGCGACUCCUAAGAAAGCCAUACUUAAUGGUUCUUUUUAUUUUUAGUUCCUAUAUUGUGUUUUGAAUUUCUGCCUUUUUUUUUAGUCCUGCAUAGUAAGAGUGCUGUGUGUAUGCUUUCAUAUAUAUUUAUUUUUCAACGUGCUUUAAACCUGUCUACAAAAAGAAAGCUAAACAAACAAACAAAAAAAAAGGACAGUGUUUGAAGAUUGUUAUUUUUUUUUGCUGGGAAUAUUCUAUAUUAUACUGACUUUAUAUUAAUUAUUAUAAACCUGUGUUUGUAUUGAAGAUGUGUUUAAUAUUUUGGGGGAAGUGAGGAGAUUUUAGUAACCAGAAGUCAGUGGGAGAACAUGGCUGUGUUGUACUGAUUUUCUGUAAAUGUAGUUCAGGUAAAUAUGACCUUAUUUUCUAGUUGAUCUCACAGUUUCUUGUCUGCCUGGGCAUGCCAGAGGUGUGCCUCUUGAUUAUAAUUACUUUGUGAUGGGAUUUAGCUUAGACAUACUUGCAAAAAUCAAUCAGUUUCAAUAAAUUGGGAAAUUGCUGCUAAAA